AUGUCUUGCUCUCUCUCCCGAAACCGCUCACACCGACCACUUCAUCCUACACAGGCAACUCGUGAACAUCUCGACACCGAGAUUUCCCAAUAUCAUCAUACUUCCCUGCCACCUCUUCACGAUUUCACCUCUUCAUCGCAUCGUACUUCUAACGCUAUUCCUCCUCUUCUUUCACCUCAUUCUUUACACUUACUCAAAGCGCAUCACUUCUUCCCCUCCUCAAGCAACCACUCUAGUGCGUACACAACCAAUACACUCCAUUCACCUCCUUCAACUCCAGCUCCAGCGCUCGCGUCAACCUCCUCGCCUCCUUCUUUAAGCUCCACUUCAACAGGUUCACUCUCUUCUCUGCCUCACGUACCCUCCCUCUCCCACCUAGAUCUCAUCCCCUCCAUCGAUACCACCCUCACUACCUCCCUCGAGGCCUCCAUCUCGCUUUCUUCCACUUCCUCUUCCACUUCUCGCCACAUUCGCCCUGCUUCUCCACAUCCUCCUCGUACCCCUCCUCCCCCUUCCCGUACUCUUCAUCCUCCUAAACCUUUCCCUUCUCAUCCACCUCCUACUUUCUCUUCUUCCUCUCCACCCACUUCUAUCUCCCUCCCUAUACCAACAUUCCGCGGUUACAGUUAUACCCCCAACGUCCAUCGCACCAAUCGCCAAACCCAUCAUCAAAUUCCUCCAAUUUCUACUAAAUCCUGCCAUCCAAAUUCUAUCCUAUUCCAACUCUGUCCUCCUUCACCACCAACACCACCACCAACUUCUCCCCAUCCAGCUCCAAUGUCCCACCACCACCACCAC